AAUAACACUAAUCAUUAACAAUGACUAUCAAUUUUGUUCUUUGUAAUUCUAGUCUUGAAUUGUACCGGGAGAGAUCGUCUAAAAGGCGCUCACUUCCUCAUUCAUUCAGUUUAUUAAAUGAAGAAGAUCAUUAUAGGGAGCCUAAGUCUUCAGAUGCAGUUGUAGAGGAUGAAGAUUCUGAUGCUGAAAAUGAUGGCACUACUCGUGAUUUGAGGGCGAAGCCGAAGAAGUUCCACCGUCGUAACUGGAAGGAAGUUCGACCUGAUAUUUUACACUUCUGUUUGCUUGCCAUACAUGAUUCAAUCCUUAACAAAGAAAAGCUUGUACAAAUAUGGGUUCAUACAUUAAACUCGCAAAUAUAUCGUUUUAGUUCUGAGUUCCGUAUUCCCAGAACUUUUAAGGUCUUCAAUAAGGUCAUGGCAAAGUAUUUACACUCCAAUGCGAAAUGUUUGAAACCCGAGGGUGAUGACUCCACUGUUUUUGUGGAACGUAUGGACUUGCCAUUAGAUAAUUUGGGUAAUAACGGCAUUAAGAUUGCGGUAUCUAACCGUGGUCGCCCUUUGAUUGCUGAGAAGUUCUUUGCGGAUAUUUUGACUGAUAAAGAAAAUGAUAUAUGGAUUUACGUAUCUCUGAGUAAUCAUACUCAUCUACCAGUACCCAAUGAUUCCGGUGUUUUACGUGUUGCUGAUGUGUUGGCAACUUUGAAUGACAGAGUAAAUAGCACACCUACAUCAUCUACUUAUUCGCAAGAGUUGGAAUCAUCACUUUUAAAUACAGAUGAGGAAAAGGAGGUUAUAACGCCUCAAUUUGAUCACAACAUAUCAAUAGCUACCUGUUACCCUAGUGCCAUGAGUACAUGCUACAAAUUGGCAUGUGCUAUCGAGCGUGUUAUGAACCUGUGACAUGUAAGCUACUUAUACGCUUCACUUUGGAUUGUUUGAAGGCGUUCUAACAAAUGAAUCGCAAAAAAG